UCAAAACUAUACUAAAAGCCAGAUAUAAAGCCCUCUGAGAGGGUCCACGUCGGACUGGAAAUUCGUCCAGUAAUAAUGCAGCAAAUAGCCACGUCAUCGGCGAGUUAAGUUGGUUUGGGCUGUUGAUGUUUUCGGCCUGUUUUAUUUGGAUGUUCUGAGCCCACUCUCUGCUGGCCCGUGUCUUAAGUGUUGUUAUCGUAACCCUAAUACGUUCUCCAAUCUUCCAUCUCUCUUUCUGACUUUCAUCUCUUCCAUCUCUCUUUUCUCCAAAUCUGUAAUCUUCCAUCUCUCUUUUCGACUUCCAUCUCUUCCAUCUCUCUCUCUCCUCCAAAUCCGUUUUACUGAGUAAUAACGCCAGUAACUCCUCUAAUCAAAUCUUGGCUAAGCUCAUUCAAUGGAUCCUUUCGCAUUCCUCUCCAUUUUCCUAUUUAUAAAUCUGUUUUCUCAUCUUAUGUUUUCUAUCAAGAUUGAUAACUUUCUCUCUAACAUUCAUCACGAUGGACCACACCGGAAAAUCUCCGAUCUCAACCGACCGCAAGACCAGCGAGAAGACCGUCGACUCCUCCGCGUCUGUGAAACCAAACGGGAAGUCCAUUGCUACCUCCGCGACUGUGAUGAAACCUACCGAGAAGGCUGCUGUUUCGUCUGCCAAUCCGAUGAACCCAGAUGUUGCUACUGCUCUCUCCCCCGCGCAUGCCGACCAAGUGAUGUUGUUCAGAGAUGUUUCACACGGCCCACGCGAAGCUGACUUGAGGUUUCGUUUGAUUCACUUCUGGGAAGCUCGCAAUCCAAACACGAAAAUCCUGAUUGGACAAGAGAUGCUCCUUAUCGACGAAGAGGGAACCGUGAUUCAGGGUUUUAUCCCAGCCGGACGUGUUGGGAUAUUUGAUCUGGUAGCUGGUUCUGUGUAUAACCUGAGCAACUUUUUUGGAUCCAGGAGCAAAGAGCAAUAUCGGGUUGCUGAUCAUGUCGCCACCGUAUCAUUUUCUUGGAACUCUUCUUUGUCAGUGCUUGAGAACCCUCCGGUUUUGAUUCCAGACGAUAGGUUCAGGUUCCACAGCUAUGAGGAGUUUAGGGCCAAUUGUGACUCCAGGGGUGAUCUUUAUGAUUACGUUGGCCACAUGAAGCUGGUGAAUGGGCAGACUAUCACGGACCAUAUGAUUCUUGACGAAGUUGAUAUAGCAGAGAAGCGGCAUUUAUGUGUUCAUGUUCAGACACAUGACGGACCGGUGAUGAAGCUUUAUUUGUGGGACAAGGCUGCUGCCGAUUUCUGCCAGAAAUUCAAGUCGUAUGGAAACACCCCAAGCGUUCUUUUGGUCACCACUGUGAACCCUAAACACCUUGGAGGCACCCUUGCUCUCACUUCUAUGUCGUCAUCUCGGGUGUUUAUGGAUGCCGAUGUUCAGCCUACUAAAGAUUAUCUUGCAUGGUUGAAUUCCAACUCUGAUAUUGCUAAUAGGGUUGUAGCUGAGGUAGUCACUAAGCCUGAGCCAGUUACUCUUGAAGAGCUAUUCUCUUACAUCAGGCAAGACUCUUCUAAGGUUGCUUGGUUUGAGUGCAUGGCGACUAUAGAUGAUGUUGUCCAGGGUUUUGCAUGGUAUUACAUUUCCUGCGGUGGAUGUAAUAGCAAGGCAGUCAAAGGGCAUACUUCUUUGAUUUGCAACAACAAGAAGUGUGUGAAGACUGAAUUCACAGGCGUACCUCAGUACCUCACGAGGAUAUCUGUGUAUGAUAAGACUGAGCAAGCAGUUUUUGUCAUUCUUGGUGAUGCUGGCAAGGAGCUGACUGGUAAACAUGCAGCAGAGUUGGUUGCUAAUUACUUUGAGGCUAAUGAUGGAGUAGGAGCUGAUCACCGCGUGCCUGUUCCGCAAGCUCUACUUGAUACAAUAGGGCAGACACGCAAGUUUAUUGUGAAGGUCUCGGAUCAUAAUCUGACUGGCAAGACUCAGACCAUAACCGUCACCAAGAUACUCCCACCAGACGCCCCACUGCGGUCGACUGUAGGUGUUGGGUCUGGUUCUUCAGGAAGCUCUGGAGAUACUGCAGCUGAUAAGAACAGAAAAGCCGUUGAGAUCCUUGAGGCAGAUGAAGCAAAACGUCCCAAGAGUGGCUAAUUGGUUUUCUACUUAUCUUCUUAUGCAGUGAUUGCUUUGUUGCUGCAUUCCAAGACGUUUUUUUAUGUUUCUCUUUUGGCUUUGUGUUUUUUUCCUUUCGGACUUCUGGCUUUUGACUUUUAUGUUUAAGUUUUUUAAUACAAUUUCGUUAUAUGGUUUC